AUGUCACUCAGCGGGCAGCGACUAAUCAGCGAUGGCAGCGGGCCGAGAGGGCGGGCAAAGGAGCCAGCGCUCCCAUUGGCUGAGGCGCGCGUCACUCAGCGGGCAGCGACCAAUCAGGCGCACCGGAGGCUUCGAGGGGGCGGGCGGAGGAGAGAGGGCUCCCAUUGGCUGACCGAAACUAUCGCAAGCGAGUGCGGAAGGCUGCGUGUGCUCCUGGCUGUCCUAGAACGUGAAGGUGGUGGAUUGCCCAGCUGCGCAAACCGUGUCCAGUCGGGUCUUUCUCUGAAGCGUGCGCUUGUGAACAGAGCACCGGCGUGCCGCUGUUACGAACGCGGCUCGACCGCUCGUGGCUUUGUUUGGGAGGAGUUGCGGCCUCCCUGCGAAAACCUAAAGCUCCGGCUGCUGCUGUGCCGGAUCCUAACGGUCCCCGUGAGCAAAGCUAGCCUCUGCGGUGCCCUUCGAACCGAGCAACGCCAGAGCAGAGGCACGUGGAAGUUUGCCCCUUCUCUUCCGGUGCCCGUGACGGAGCGCAGCGAAUACGAAAAGAGGCAGUGCUGGAAGAAUUGCCGAAGGAGAGGGUACGAGCUCAAAGCUGCCUCGGGUUCCGGUGCUGAAGCGAAGCGGGUGCCCCGGUUCAAGGCUCUACCUCUGCCUUCCUUUGACCGUCUGAGGGCGCCAGAGAAGGUCGAAACCCACGCUCGGCCCGAGCCGUUCCGUCUGCGCGUGGAUGAACGGAGAGCGCUUGCCACCGUACGGAGCUGCAAACAGCAGAUGGGAGGAGAAGGCUUCGACGGGGCUCGGAAAGGCAGGAGGGUUGAAAAGCUCAUCCCGUCACGGUGGCGUUGCCGGGAGCUUUCUGUCCUUCGAAAGGAAACGAAGCUGUUUUCAGCCAGGGUUCUGGAGACUCGGCUGAUGGGCACCGAGAGCCAGUCAGAUGGUGGCGAGAGCGGUGGGAAAAGGAAGAAGCUGCUCCUCCGAGGAGACGAGCGACGGAUGGUGUCCGGGUUCGAAGCUCUGCCUUCGUCUGACCGUGUGAAGCUGCCGGAGGAGGUCAGAAGCCCAACUCAGCCCGAGCUGUUCCUUCUGCGGGUGGAUGAACGGGAUGCUGCUGCCCUCCAGAGCUGAACGCGGCCGUUCUUGAAAGCCUUGUGCCGGCAACGAACAGGGAGCUGCGAGCGUUUGAGAAACGGUGGGCAGGUAGAGGAGCCGUAAGGAAGAGGCGCCGAGAGCGGGUCAGGCAAGACAAGAGCAGUGGGAACAGGAAGAAGUUUCU